AUGCGCGCCUGUUGGGUGCCGCCGGACCACGGCACUGUGGAGUUCGUGGCCCGAGCAGGUGUCGCCACGGUGCACCUCAGCAGCGUGGUGGACUCGUUCCACACCAUGCCGCCGCCCCACUUCCCCGAGGUGGUUUUCCUGGGUUGGUCGAACGUGGGCAAAAGCUCGCUGAUCAACUCUCUCCUGCACCGAAGCGCUGUGGCGCCGGUGUCCAAAAUGCCCGGCAAGACGACCCAGUUCCAUUUCUACACCAUCAACGAGCGGUUGCCGGCCUUUCCUCAGAUGACGCUGGUGGACGUACCAGGCCUCGGGGAGGCCAUGGCCGAUGAUGCCCAGAUGAGGCACUGGCAGAUGACUCUGGACAUGUACCUGCAGAAACGCGGCGGCAACCUCCGGCAAGUCUUCCACCUCAUCAGCUGUGAGAUCCUCCUGAAGAAUGGCCGGCCUUCUUCCUUGGACAUGGCCGUCAUGGAGAUGGGCUGCCGCUACCAGCGGGAGAGGAAGCUGAACUACACAGUGGUCAUCACCAAAAACGACCUCAUCAGGUCGACGAGAGACGUGCAGAAGGUGUACCACACCAUGUGCAAGAUGUCGAGGAAGGCGGGCUUCCAGCGUCCGCAGGUGAUCGCAGCGAGCGUGAGGAAGCCUAUAGGCCGAGUGCAGAUCUGGAAGAAGCUCUGGAGAUCGGUGGAGAAAGACGAGCAGCGAGGUCUGCCGCAGCUUCGAAAGGAGCUGGAUGCCUUGGUUGCUGCUGAGGAUGUCGCCGCGCUGCGCGCAGCGGUGGAGCAGGCCACUGGCGCGGACGCCUGGGACUACGCCCUCCGCGCCAUGCUGCGCGUCUCGUCCGGCGCGCUGCGCCGGGAGGUCUGGGGCCUGGUUCGAAACACCUCACCGGAGCCAGGCGUCGAGAUGCUCUUGGCCGACCAGGACACAGACCUGGAUGACUUGCAGGAGAGCUUGUUAGAGGCAGCUGAGCUAGACGAGGAGGAGGAGGAGGCGCUCAAAGAGGAGCAGCCGCAGGAGCCGGAAGAAGAGCCGGAGGAGGAGGAGGAGGAGGAGGAGGAGGAGGAGCAGGAGGCCACGAACCUCUUCCAGCCGAAGGAGGGUCUCUUGCUCUCCGCGGCGCAGGAGCGGGCCGCAUUGGCCGUGGGCGAGGUGGCCUUCCAAGCAGACCCGCCGGACCUGGAGCUGGCGGAGGAGGUGCUGAGGGAGCUGCAGGGCCCGCCCUUGGCGGAGCUGCUGCCGCUCUGA